UCCCCACAAUCAUAACUACUUUUUUCGAAGUUCUUCCACAGUUUUUGUUUUAAAGUUUUGCAAGAAAGUUAUAUGUGUUCAGUCUGUUAUCCUCACGGACUCGAAGGGUACAGAACUUGUCAGCGGUGUAGUUUGUUAAGUUCCUACGUUUAUUGUGUUUUUUUGUUAUUGUUGAGUUUUUUGUUUGGUGCAUCGUGCCGGUCCGGAGACCCGGCGGUCCCAUCGAGGCGCUGAGCCUGGACGCGUGGUUGACAGACCCAAAAGGACAAAGCCUUUAGGGCGUGUAUCGUGGUGGUGUGUGCGAGCGGGCGCCGCUCCAACCGUCAAGCUGGCAGCGAGCGCGCUGAGCAUGAACCCGCACUACCACGGGUAUGGGGAGCUAAGCUCGCCUCACCCGCCCUCCCCAGAGGCAGCAUUUGCCGCCAACGGGCACGACUAUCCACACAACAACAACAACCCUGCACUAAAAGAGUGCGCGGGUUGCGGCGGCAAAAUCGUCGAGCGAUUCCUUUUACAUGCCCUCGACAGAUAUUGGCACCACGGCUGUCUCAAAUGCACAUGCUGCGGACAAGCUUUAGCGGACAUGGGCAGAUCCUUUUAUUUCAAAGGCGGAAUGAUAUUAUGCAAAAGCGAUUACACAAGAAUGUUUGGUUCAGGCGGCGCGUGCGCAGCUUGCGGACAAGCAAUACCGGCGAGCGAGUUCGUAAUGCGGACGAAUGCACCCCAGCAGCCACUUCACGUCUUCCACAUAAAAUGCUUUGCCUGCUCCAAAUGUGGAUCACACCUUAUGCAGGGGGAUAGGUAUUACAUGCUGGCGGGAUCACUAGUCUGCGAGCAAGACUGGCAGAAACUGAUGAAGACGGCAAACUCAACGCCAGUCGCGCCUGUGCGCAAGGGCAAGGUGGGUCGUCCGCGUCGGUCGCGCGAAUGAGCGCAGCCUGCGCCCAUGCCGCCCGCGCACCAUCACUCACACAGGGAUUACGAGGAGAUGAUGGCGUGUUCGUACUUGAGCACAGCUGGGAUAAAACAAGAGCCGUCGAGUGCUGCAUGCUGGACACCGCCUGCUCUGACUGGACUCCCUUGUUUUGAGGGUCCUUCUACUUUGUCCAUGCCACCGCCUUACAUGAGGGCGCCAUUGGGAGUGCCGAUGGCUGCCCCAUUGCCUGCUGUAUUACCAGAGCCAGCCCUUGAUCUAAGUACGACAACAUCAUCUCUUAAUCCACGAUUCCCUACUUCGCCUAGAGACGAUGUAUCCGAGUGAUGGUGUAGUGCCACAGACUUUGACACAAGUCCAAUUAUUACUGAUCGCAUGAACCCCUUACCAUGAAUUUCCCAAUAUAUUUCCAAACGCGAUCAAUAAUAAUUUUACUAACGUUGUUGGUGAAAACUUUAAAUUAUACUUUAGUACCUAUUACAUAUUUAUAAUUUCGGUUGUGAAAAUGGCAAUUGUGUAAAUGUAACUCGCUGCAUGUAAAUUUCCAUUUCUGGUACUUAAACAAAAAUUAAAUAAGAUGUGUUAAACACAUGCGUGUUGUUUCUUUAGAAGCGAUUAUAAAAUAUUAAUUAAAACGGCAUAUCGUAACACAAUAUAAUGGGACAUCUCAUCAAACUUUGUACGCAUUUGUUUAACUUUACGAGCAUUUAUAAACUGAAGGAAAUAAUCGCCUAUAAUAAUAUUUUACCUCUGGAUAGAUAUCGUGUCUCUCAUGUUGGAUUUUCUGUUAUUUUACACAAUAUGUGAAGAACAGGCAAAUUAUAAAAUCCAAAUUAACACAUUAGGUAGCCUCAUAAACGUGGGGCAAACCGAUUAUCACAUAUUAUCCAUUGAUUCAGAAAUAAAUAAUGGGUUAGCAAAGUUUUAUAGUGUGUGAGACUCACGUCACUUUAUGAGGUAGUUGAAGUAUCAUUAAAAUCAUAAGUAUUACCUUCGUGUCUUGCCAGUAAUAGGCUAAUUUCCUCUUGUUUUUAAAUUUUUCUUAAAAUGUUCAUAUCGUAGUAUUAAGUCACAAUAAUUUUUAUUACGCUUCUGUGACAUCUUACGUGUAGUAAACAACCAAGUCCAAAUAAAUUUAUAAAUUUAUCAUUUAAAAUAAUGAGUUUUAAAAUGUGUUUUGUACCUAUACUGUAAGGGUACAGGAAUAAAACACACUAGUAAAAUUUAUUUUUCUACUAUUAUUUGGUGUCGUUCCAUUAAAUACAAGCCAACAUUGUCAAUUCUAAAUGUUUGUACUCCACUGUAAACUUAUUAAUACAAUGUGCUAGAUAUUGAACGUUAAAAUUAGAAAGCUUUUGAGUUUCACAUAAUAUUUAGAAGCGCAGCUACAGCACCACAGAUUCCCCAAUGCAGCGCCACAGCCCUACAGCGCAACCCUUCUACAAGUGUCUAACUUGAAGGCCGAAAAUUUUACGCCAACUGAAAUAACUCGGACAGUUAUCCGAACGACAAAUUGUAAUAAUUAUUGUAGUUCCGCAAUGUAUGCAUUAUAAUAUUAUUUUGACAACCACUAGUUUGUACUGUAGGCCAAGUAGGACCAAUUUGGGAAAUAACCUUUUCUAAAUAGCUUCUGGGUGUUAUGCGUGGUGACCCAGAGUAAAUGCCUUAGCUCUUGUUCUCAUAGUAGGGAAUUCCCUUGUUCGAGACCAGAUAUCCGGUUUGGUUGUCUUAGCAUAUUAUUAUUAUUAGUAUAUUUGUUUAGUUUAAUUUUCUUUUAUUCAUGGUCUGGUAAUAGAAAAUAUAAAACCUGUCACAUUUGAUUAAUAAGUAUACCCAAAACACGAACUAUCUCCGUAAAGUUUAUUUACUACAUAUAUGACGUCACAUUUAAAGUCCUAAUAUCAGGUAUAAUUUUUUCUUACAAUGGUUCACAAAUAAAAACUUACAUUUUAAAAUUUAAAUAAUUAAUCAUGUGUAUUUUUGUUACAAACCGAUAUCUCUUAUUAUUUCGUUUUCGAUAAAUUACCUAUCAUAUUCACAUCAUUGCAUCAAGUAUUUUUCAUGUUGUGUCAAACACCGUAUUGUAGACUGUACUACCAGAAGGACAAUUUUUUUAUUAAUUUACGAUAUUAUCUUGACGCACGUAUUCUGUGAUUUGCAAUUGCUAUGUAAAUAUUUUCUCGAAUAAAUUUGUUAUUUCGUAUGUAUAAACGAAGGGCUGUUUUUAAACUUAUAGCUCAUCGAUUUUAUUCUUUUAAACUGUAAAUAUUAGCAUAAAUAUCUUAGAUAUAAGUAGACACAUGUUGUACCUAAACUUUAGGCGCAAAACUUCGUAGCAAUAAUUUUGAUGCCAACAUCUUUGAAGUUUAAAUUCAUGUUACUAACGGUCUCUGUAUAUAUCGAUCUAUGUUUACCGUCGAAGUUGUUCCAUUCAAUUUUUAAUGUACACAGUUAAUAUAUAUGUCAGUUAUCUUAAACGCUAACAUUCUCUUUGUGUAUAGUAUCGUCUCUACGUUAGUAGUAACGUAUAAAAUAAAACGAGUACGUGUAUGCGAUGAUCGUGGAAACUCAGUCGAUAUACGGCGUAUUUGGUACACUCAACCACAUCCAUCUAUACAAAAUUAUCAACUUGCGAAUUUGAACUCUAUGGAAAUACAAUAAGGUACAAUUUGGACUAAUUUUGACCGUUUGUAUAACUAGAAGUGGCUGCGAUAUCUACGGUUUAAACGUUUUAAGAGAUUAUUUGAUAGUGUAAACAGAAUUUCUUUCUCUGCUACAAAGUUUGUAAUACGAGGUGAUUAAUUUAACUAUUAUUUUUAUCCUAUGAUAUCCUUAUUCUCUUUACAAUAACAGACGACUCUUUAAAAUGAUUCUCAUUAGAAACCAAACGCCACGUAUCUUAUUGUCAAGUAGAACUAACCUAUAAUUUUAUUUAUUCUUCCAAUAAAAAAAAACAAGUAAUGUGUGGAAUAUUAAUAACUUUACUGAGUACAGUUACGUUGUAUUGUCAAGCACCUGAAUUAGCUCAUAUAAUAUUUAUAAUGUUAGCGUUUAGUGAAUCUUGCCAUCUAACGAUAUGUUUAAUUUAUGGGAAAAAAUAUUGUAAACUGACUUGAGAAUUUUUGUUUUGAAUUUUCGUAUUAUUACAGAUUUGCACCUAUAAUUUAAAUCAUGUAACGAAAACUUUUCAAACCAUGCAAUAACAUAAUACUGUCAAUAACCAUAGAAAUUAACCCAGUUUAGACAUUGUAAAUAACUACAUCAACCAAGUGCACCUUCUACAGUUUUGACGCGUGCUUCUCCUCUAGUAAUAUACCUUAGAAUUUGUGCAUUCUGCAAAUCUGUAACUUAUGAAAGAAGUCUCAAGUCAGUAUAGGAGUCGGAAAUGACAGCUAAAAUGGUGUUACCAGUGUCCUCACAAAGAAAGAUCGCAUCUAUAUCUAGCCUAAGAGA